GUCUUCAUGAAGAAAAAGGGAGGGAGGGAAAAAGAGGAGAGAAAAAGGAGAGGUUGAUGUGGCUAUUUGAGGUAGCCGUUUAGUUAUGGAGCGAGACAGAAUAGCCGCCCUGAAGAGGUCCUUUGAGGUGGAGGAUGUCGACACUUCAUCUCAUUCCUCCCCCGGCUCCCGCCGGACGACCAACUCAGCUCACCGUAAUGCCAUGUCUCCCACCAGUAUUUACUACCGUGACCUGGGCACUGCCAACUCGGCCACCAACAACAACAACCUCAACUACACCCAACCCCGCUCCAUCAUGGGUGGAGGAGGCUCCAAGACCCCUGAGCCUGUGUCACGCCGCUCUGAACUUUCCAUUGACAUCUCCUCUUCUUCCAACAAGCAAGUGGAUAACAUCACCAGCCCAGCCUCCACACGAUUCGGAAGCAACAGCGCCUUGAAACGCCCCGAAGUCCUUGGCCACUCCAAGACCCCUGAGAUGGGCCACAAGAGGGAGGUCACUUUUGCCAAGACGCCUACUGAGUCCCCAGUGAUACGCCGUAAUGAAGGCAACAAUAACAACAACGGGACCAGCCGGACCCCUGAGCAGAACCACAUUCGCAAGUUUGAGCCCCCCAGUCCCGGGGAUGUCCGUAAACCUGAUAUCAGCAUUACUCGAGCUCCACCGGAGAACAACGGCCACCACGCAGCUGUACACCACCCACACCAUCCAAACCCUCAUCACAACACCAUUGUCACCACCAUCCGCUGCUCCUCGCCCAACCAUGCUGGACGCAAAUCCCCCAACCCUGACAGGUCAGAGGUCAAUCUGAGCCACGGCAACAUGUCUGAAUCCGCCAAGCCCCACCAACCCAACCCACAAGGUAAGGGAGAGAAGACCCACAGCAGCGACUUCAGCUAUGUUGGCAUCGAUGCCAUACUGGAGCAGAUGAGGAGGAAGGCCAUGAAACAGGGCUUUGAGCUCAACAUCAUGGUUGUGGGACAAAGUGGCCUUGGGAAGUCCACUUUGAUGAACACACUGUUCAAGUCCAAGGUGAGCCGUAAGUCAGUUCAGCCCAAUUCGGAGGAGAGGAUCCCUAAAACUGUCGAGAUCAAGUCCAUCAGUCACGAUAUUGAGGAGAAAGGAGUGAGGAUGAAGCUGACAGUAAUUGACACUCCUGGCUUUGGGGAUCAGAUCAACAAUGAAAACUGCUGGCUGCCCAUUAUGAAGUUCAUCAAUGACCAGUAUGAAGCGUACCUGCAGGAGGAAAUCAACAUUAACAGGAAGAAGAGGAUCCCAGAUUCCAGGGUGCACUGCUGCAUAUACUUCAUACCUCCCACUGGCCACUGUCUGAGGCCUCUGGAUGUGGAGUUCAUGAGGCGUCUCAGUAAGGUGGUCAACAUCGUCCCCGUCAUUGCCAAGGCUGACACACUCACCCUGGAGGAGAGAAACUACUUUAAGCAGACGAUUAGGGAAGAGCUGCGAGCCAACGGGAUUGAUGUUUAUCCUCAGAAAGAGUUUGACGAGGACGCGGAGGACAGGAUGAUCAAUGACAAAAUCAGGGAGAUGAUCCCUUUUGCUGUGGUCGGCAGUGACCAGGAGUACCAGGUGAACGGGAAGAAGAUUCUGGGGAGGAAAACAAAGUGGGGCACCAUAGAGGUUGAGAAUAUUGCACACUGUGAGUUUGCUUACCUGCGAGACCUCCUCAUUAGGACACACAUGCAAAACAUCAAAGACAUCACAGGCAGCAUCCACUAUGAGACAUAUCGUGUCCGCCGGUUAAAUGAAUCCAACGCCCAUUUCAGCUCUCAUCCAUCUGACCAUCCUACUGUUCAGCCAAAGACCAACGGUCAGCCUGAGGAGCAGCCCAAAGCCACACAGGCCAACGGAGUGGCUGCUCAGCAUGAAGCCAUGUCCCAUGAGAUGUAGAGAGUCAUGUGCGGUGCAGAAUUGCCAAUUUAUAACAUCAGGACACAGCCAGGAACAAAACGUAUACUCACACACUUACUCUGUUUACAUGAACAAGCCCACACAUGUACAGAUACACACUCAUCGUCUGAAGACCAUUACAAUUCCUAGAAGGGCUUUGGCCAAAAAGAAAAACUACCUAAACUACAGCUUUUAAUUUAUCAUUAAGUUACAAGAAACAAUACUCAGAGUAACAAUAACAAUUUUUUAUCCUGCAGCAAGUUUUUUCAUCGUUUAGAUUCUGAGCAAAAUUAGGUCUUGAUGCACAUACAAGUACUUCUCCUGUUUGCUCUUCUUUUCCCAACUGACAAAUACAAUCUACAGACAGGAACGUUUAAAAUAAACCAUUAAAGUUCUCAAGUCAUGGAUAUUAUUAUUAUUUCUCUUGUUACUGAGCUUUAGCUGCUGGGUUUAUUUUUAGAUCAUCUUAUUGGCUGUCAGGCCUGCAGCAGCUGCAAGGUAGAUUAAGUAAUUCAGCAGUGAAACAAUAGACAAGAUAUUUUGUAACCUUUAUUUAUUCAGUGGAGUUCCUCUGAGAGAAAUGCUAUUUUUUUUCAGAAAUGCCCUGAUCACAUUCACACAAGCGCUGCUUCUUUACCAGGGGACUGAACCCAUGGCCCUCCAGUCAUGAGUUUGCUUCUUCUACCUUUAGGUCAUCAUUGCCCUGUAUAGAUCAGUAUAAUGGAAAAAGAGCAUGCAGAAGAAAAAAUCCAAAAACUUCUUUUACAGGAUCGUUGGUUGACAGGAGCUUUAGUCUUAAGUGGCGUCCAGAUGAGGAGAUAACAGUAUAAUUGAAAAUACAGUCUGUCAUAUCAGAUGAUACUAGAUUAAUUCUACACUAGAAAUAACUGUUAGUGCCACUAGCCUGGUUUGCUUUGUGUUGUGGUGUAUAGUUUUAUAUAGAUACUAGGGUUAAGUAGGGAUAUUUAGAUUAGUAUUAUGGAGGAAGAUAUUGUUGACACCUCCGCACUGCAAAUUAAAAAAGAAAGCAAUAGUGUGGAGCAGCUUUCAGGAAAAACAAGUCCUCUUGUCAUUUUUCCGUUGUUAUGUUUUUAAAACCUGUUUUCCCCAAACCAUCCCGUCUCUUUCUAUAUAAAGCCAAUGUUGUGUAAUACAGUCAUACCUUACAUUUUACAUUGCUCAUUUACUAUUGUAUUUUUAUUGCUGUUGUUCAUGUUUUAAUAGGCUAUUAUAUAAGAUGGGAGAUGUGGAGGAGUCUGUGCAACUGGUGUACGUUGCUGCCAUUGUGUCCUUUUCUCUGACUGUAAACAUAAUUAGUCAUUUUUUUCUGUUAAAGAGAAGCACACGCAGUACAUAGAAUUGAUUUAUGAAUAGCUAUUUAUGUGUAUGUUUAGUGAAAUCAGUUCGAUUCAACUUUCAUUCCAGCUGUUGGCUUCCAGAGAUUUAUUGCAGGUCUUAAACAAUGAUGACCUUUUGGGUUUAGAAAGUGAUUGUGAAGUGAGUGUUUGUUGGCUACUUUCCAGUACAGUAGGUUGCACCCCUGUUGGCAAGACUACAUUGUAACUAGCACCACCUGCCUGUGAAGUACAGAAGAAGUCUAAUAUUUGUACUCUGAAUAUUAAUUAUUACAACUUCCAAUAGAUAAUGAUUAGAACAGUGACAUUAUAUUGCAAGCUUACAGCAUUUUUGUCAGAGGAGAAUGUUUUAAUACCAUAAAAAGAAGGAAUUUGUGCCAAAAACCUUUAAAAAAAACAAAAAAACCCUAAUAUAUAUUUGUGAAAUUACAAGCUCAAAUGACAUUUUAGAGGUUGCAUCUCAAUUUAUAACAUUCUCAUGAUUUCCUAACAAAAAUAGUCAGCUUAUGCACUGUCUCUUCAAGUCACUAUGAAUAAAAUAAUUGCAUACUUGCCUACAGGACAGAUAAUAAUUUCAUAAAACAAGAGAACAGUCUUUUAUCCAGAGAAAGAUAUUGGGUUACACUUUGUUUACUGUUGUAUAGUUCUUGUGUACUUUGUUAUGGUAUUAUAGCUUAAGGUUUUAAAUUGAUAUGCUAUCUCAAAGAAUAAAGAUUGAUAUUUUUAUUGUUUAAUGUUGAUUGUCUUGAUUU